GUAUCUCUCUCUCUCUAUUAUCACCAUCAACUCACUCAAACAAGUUGCUCCUAAGUUUCAUCCUUUUACUUGCCAUUGACUGAGAUUUGAAACAAGAUUAAAUCUCACAAUCAAUAAGUAAACAACAAUUUAACAGUAAUUAAGGAUUUGAUUGAACAAGAAAGUGAUUUUUUUAUAAGUCUAUGAGAAAAGUUUAAUCAACAAUUCAAAUCGUUUUUCAUUGAGAUUUUGUGUUCGAACGGCAAAGAAAAACUUUUUUUUUUCCAAAUUUAUUUUUCGUCGCAAACAAUUAAGUGAAAUGAACAGUUUAAUUAACCACAAUUACCUGGACACUUCCACUGGAAUGUUAUCAUUUUUACUAUUGACAAGUCUUUUAUUGGACAGUUUGAUUAAUCCAAUCGAAGGAUCAACAAUCACAACGGGAACAAUUAACUCUCGUACCACUCGAUCAAAUUUGGAAAAUUUAGCUUCCCUUGCCUUUGAACAUGGAGUUAAAAUUCGUGAAUUUGGUUCAUGUCGAACACCCAAGCCCGAAAUUGUCUACGUUAACUCAAAUAAUCCCUCGAAAGUUUAUCUUCCAAGAGGCACAAUUCUUCACCGAUGCUCAGAUUCGACGGGUUGUUGUCCACAGGCCUUCCAAUCGUGCCGACCCAUUUCAACGGAAAUGGUUGAACUUUACUUUUUCACCGUGACCCUUGUUGCCAAUAGCAGUUCGUCACCUUCAUCCUCAUCAACCUCAUCAUCCUACUCAUCGUCAUCAUCCUCAUCCAAUUAUAAUCAUCAUCAUCGCCAUCACAACAAGAAACCUCGUCAACAGCAAAACAUUGAGAAACUGACCUACGUCAACCACACUAAAUGUGCUUGUGUUGAUCUCAAUUCAUCUGACGAUGAAUCUUUUAAUAAUGAAAUCUAGCUCGUGAUCUUCAUCAUCAUCCCUGUCAUCACUUUCAUCCUCAUCUUAAUCACCUUAAUUAUUAUUCUUAAUUAUCCUUCUAGAAACAUUUAUGAUCAACUUACAAUUCUCACUUAGUAAAGACAACAAAAAAUUUUUUCUCCUCAAAACUUUGAU